AUGGCGGACGGCAGCAGCAACAGCACAUGGCAUGGAGAACCCCGGGAUCUGCGUGCUUUCUCACACAGAGGCCAGAGCUGGGAGAUGGCUUUGAUCAGCAUCCUUAUCCUGACCUCCCUGUGUAUUGCGGGCCGCGAGGCCCUCAGCUUAUCUGACUGUGGAGCAUAUGCCAGACGACCCGAAUUAACAGACAUUGCAGUCAUGUGCGGCACAUCCACCAUCGACCUGGCAAUCCAAAUCUGCCCGGCUGUCUACAGCGGAUACAAUGAGAGUCUACUGAUCCUCAACCGCGUCCAGGGCAAUUCAGACUGUCAGGCUAUGCUGGAUGCAUCCGUGGUACCCCCCGUAGUGAGAUACAGCUUCCCCAUCCGAGAGGGAAACGCCUGCGGGAGUAACUUCAUCACCACAAGUGCACCGGGGACGGGAGUAUUUUCCGACUUCUCCAACAUCCAAACGGUCAACAUCAGCGGGGUGGUGCGAUCGUACGACCCCACCAUUGGAAUGAUCACCUACAACACAGAGCUCAAAUAUUACUACUCGUGCGCCUACCCUCUGGAGUACCUCAUCAACAACACCCAAGUGGAUGUGUCAUCCUCCUCCAUUGCUAUGAAAGACAACAAUGGAAGCUUCAUCAGCACCCUCAGCAUGACCUUGUACCAGGAUGAAAACUACACCAUGCCACUCAUCAUGCCACCGCAGGGCAUUGAGCUGCGAAAAAAGAUCUACGUGGAGGUGGUGGCCUCCAACCUGACGUCGCAGUAUUUUGUGCUUCUGGACCGUUGCUACGCCUCGGUGUCGCCGCAGCCGACCAACUCCACCUUCUUCAAUCUCUUUGUCUCGUGCUCCAUCAACCAGCUGACCACCAUCCUGGAGAACGGCGACAGCCAAAAGGCCCGCUUCCACUUCUCGGCGUUCCGCUUUAUCGAGCAGCAGAAUGAGACCGUCUCCACCUACUAUCUCCACUGCAUCACUCGACUCUGCGAGCCAAGCACGUGCAGCACCUUCAAGCAAUGCAACAGGAGGAGGAGGAGGAGCGUAGAGACGACUGUGGACAGCAUCACUGAGCCGUCUGUGCUCACCGUCCAGAUAAAAGCUCGGGCUGAUGACCCAGGCACCCAAUCCAAAGAAGAGGCCCAGUCUGGCGGCCAGUCUGAUGGCGAGGGCGCGUCGGUCGGCUUGGGGAUUGCCGUAGCUGUCCUCGUUGUCAUAGGUGUGACUGCCAUUUUGGCGGCCGCAACUUUUUAUCGAAAGCUGAAGCGGCUGAGCUAG